AUGCCUCAUCAGAAGCUUUCAGCUCUUAUAGAUGCCAUCUGCAAUUUUGUUAUCUGCAAUGACUCUUCCCUUCGAGGUCAGCCUGUUAUCUUCAACCCUGACUUCUUUGUGGAGAAGCUCCGACAUGAGAAACCUGAGGUGUUCACAGAGUUGGUGGUCAGCAAUAUUACAAGGCUUAUUGAUUUACCUGGAACUGAGUUGGCUCAGCUGAUGGGGGAAGUGGAUCUUAAAUUGCCAGGUGGGGCUGGCCCAGCAUCAGGCUUCUUCCGGUCUCUAAUGUCUCUCAAACGAAAAGAAAAAGGAGUGGUAUUUGGAUCCCCGUUGACAGAGGAGGGCAUUGCACAGAUAUACCAACUGAUUGAAUAUCUACACAAAAACUUACGAGUAGAAGGUUUGUUUCGAGUGCCAGGGAAUAGUGUUCGGCAACAGACAUUAAGGGAUGCUCUCAAUAAUGGAACUGAUAUUGACUUGGAAUCAGGGGCAUUUCACUCAAAUGACGUUGCUACCUUGCUGAAGAUGUUUUUAGGAGAGUUACCAGAGCCCCUGCUGACGCAUAAACACUUCCAUGCACACCUCAAAAUUGCUGAUUUGAUGCAGUUUGAUGAUAAAGGCAACAGGACCAAUAUACCAGAUAAAGAGAGGCAAAUUGAGGCUCUGCAGUUGCUCUUCCUUAUUCUCCCUCCGCCCAAUCGUAACUUGCUGAAGUUACUGCUUGAUCUCCUAUAUCAGACAGCAAAGAAACAAGACAAGAAUAAAAUGUCUGCCUAUAACCUUGCUCUAAUGUUUGCACCCCAUGUUCUGUGGCCAAAAAAUGCUCCUGCUUAUAUUCGUGAAUGUGCCAGGUUGCACUACUUGGGCUCCAGAACUCAAACAUCAAAGGAUGACCUUGAUUUGGUAACUUCAUGUCAUACUAAGUCCUUCCAGUUGGCAAAGUCUCAGAAACGGAACCGGGUAGAUUCCUGCUCUCAUCAGGAGGAGACCCAACAGCGUACAGAAGAGGCACUGAAAGAGCUGUUCCAACAUGUCCACAACAUGCCAGAGUCAGCAAAGAAGAAGCAGCUCAUUAGACAGUUUAAUAAGCAGUCUGUGACCCAGACGCCAGGGCAAGAACCUUCUACUCCCCGGGUGCAGAAGAGGACCCGCUCCCGCUCCUUUAGUGGACUUAUUAAGCGGAAGGUCCUGGGGAAUCAGAUGAUGUCAGAAAAGAAAAACAAGUACCCUACUCCAGAGUGUGUGGCCAUUGGUGAAUUGGAUAGAGCCAGCAAAGAAAAUGUGAACUCAUUAUUUUCUGGCUCUCCAGCUGUCAAGACACCAACACGCUUGAAAUGGUCUGAGGGGAAGAAAGAGGGGAAAAAAGUGAAGAUGCAGCGGCUGCUGUGCUCCUCUGCGAAGAAGCCGCGUCGUUGCUCUCCUGUGAAGAAGCCAGUGGUUCCCUGGAAAGACCGUAGGAUUUAUAGUUAG